AUGAAUAGAUUUGCUUUACUUACGGUAGCAAUGCUGUACUACACUGUGUGGCUUUUGUUGCCUGUAUUUGAAUUAGACAACAAGUUGUCAAUGUUCCCAUUGCCUAGCAUAUAUGCUGUAUAUUUACCCAUAUCACUGCUACUACUCGGAUUUGCAAUGGUGGGUACAUUUCUUGGAGUAUUGCUACUUCUUGACUCGAAAGAUGAUGAAAGCAGAUCACAUUUGCUAGAAAUUGAUAUAGCUAUAUAA